AUGGCGCCGCCCAUUGAGAUCUCCAUCCCGACAACGUCUGCUGUUGCGGCGUCCGGCGGCGAAAAGGCCUACACACUCUACAACAUCACGCUCCGACUUCCCCUGCGGUCCUAUGUGUUCCAAAAACGGUACUCUGAGUUUGCAGCCCUCGAUGUCAACCUUACCAGCCUCGUCGGUGAAGCACCACCGUCACGACUCCCAGGGAAAUCCUGGUUCCGAUCGACCAUUGCCUCGCAGGAGCUCACCGAAGACCGCCGCGUCGGCCUCGAGGCCUACCUCCGCGCCAUCGCCGAAUCCCCCGACCGCCGGUGGCGCGACACCAGCGUCUGGCGCGCGUUCCUGAACCUGCCCAGCGCGAAUGGCGCCGGCUCGUCGUCGGCCAGCGGGCGUAGCAACCAGGGCAUCGUGCCGGCGAGGCGAGAGAACGGCACACCAGCAGCGUCCGCCGAGAGUCGCCUACCCACCAUUGGGCUGGCCGCAGCCAACGCGGCAGCGGCGAGCGACCCCGGCACUUGGAUCGACCUGCACAAGGAGAUGAAAGGCGCGCUCAAAGAGGCACGGGCCCAGCUGGCGCGGCGAGAUGCCGCGCUGACAGCAGGCAGUGGCAGCGGCAGCGGCGUGUCGUCGGGCGCCGCCGAGGCCGGUGCGGCGGCCAAGCGCGAGCUCGUCAAGACGGGGAGUCUGCUGACGGCACUCACGACGGGGCUCAAGACGCUCCAAGAAACAAAGCGGCUGGGCGAGGGCGAGCUGCGACGACGGCGGGACUUGCUGGCGGCGGCGCGCGUGGAGCGGGAUGGGCUGGAGACGCUGAGUGCGAGUCUCGCGAGUGCACGGCCCAAUUAUGGUGAAGGCGGCAGCGGCGGCCACGGUGGCAGCAUCGCCGGCUCGGGGGCGGCACCCAUUACAGGGGAUCGUGCCAUCCUCUUUGGAUCCGCCGCUGUGGGCGGUGGCAGCAAUGGCAACGGCCGCUCGUUUGGUGGCGGCCGCGUUCUGGGCGCGCCGCUACCCGAGACGGACCAGACCCGAGAGCUGAACAACGAUGAUGUUUUGCAGCUGCAAAAACAAAAAGUGGCCGACCAGGACGAAGAGGUCAAUGUGCUGGCCAAGAUAGUACAGAGGCAGCGGGAGCUGGGCCUGGCGAUCAAGGAGGAGGUCGACCUGCAGGCGCCGAUGCUGCAGCAACUAAACGACGACACGGACCGGGUGCAGGGUAAGAUGAAGGUGGCUAAAGACCGCAUCAAGCGGUUGAAUUGA